CCCCCUGCUCCGCUUCUUCUUCUCCACUCCUCCCUCCUCCCUCCCCCGCCGCGCGAUUGGGCCGGAUCCGCCGCGCGCCUCGCCAUUCCCAGCCCUCCUCCUCCUCUCCCCGCCGUCCUGCCGGUGCUCCUCGGUUCCAUGCGGCUGCUGCUGGUCUCGCUGAGCCUGCCGCUGCGGUUUCUCUCCCCUUCCAUUCCUGAUCCUGCUCUGCUCCGCGGGGUUCCCUGAUUUACCCCUCCUCCCACCUUCCUCCGGUUAAUGCCCGCGAGAUCCGAUCCCAGCAGGGAAAGAAACCCCUCCUGAAUCGCGGGGAUUUUGAUUGCUCUUGGUGUUUCCAUUCCCGUCGUCUCCUGUCGGUUGAUCGGGGUCCGGGGAUCACCUUCCUCCCGUUCGAGAGAGAAGAAGGAUGGCGACGCCGCACGCCGCCUCGCCGUACGUGCUGUCGCUGCUGCUGCUGCUGCUCUCCAUCCCGGCGGUCUUCCUCCUCGCGCCGCGCCUCAUCCCGCCGCGGACGCUCCCGGCCAUCCCGGACGCCGACGAGACCGAGGACCUCGCGCUCUUCCGCCGCGCCGUCCUCCUCUCCGCGGCGCCCGCCUCCAAGGCCGCCGCCACCGCCGCCGACCCCGCCGGCGCCGCCACCACCUCCUUCUUCGGCGGCUACGGGAGGAAGAAGAAGAGGCAGCAGCCCAAGGUGGCGUUCCUCUUCCUCACCAACUCCGACCUCGUCUUCGCCCCGCUCUGGGAGAAGUUCUUCGCCGGCCACCACGGCCUCCUCAACGUCUACGUCCACGCCGACCCCGCUGCGGCGCUCACCUCGCCCCCGACGCCCUCCUUCAGGGGACGGAUCAUCCCCGGGAAGGCGACCCAGCGCGCCUCCGCCACGCUCAUCUCCGCCGCGCGCCGCCUCCUCGCCACCGCGCUGCUCGACGACCCCGCCAACCACUUCUUCGCGCUGCUCUCCCAGUCCUGCGUCCCGCUGCAUCCGUUCCCGUCCCUCUACCGCACGCUCACCGGCGACAAUGGCGGCCCCAAGGGCCGCCACCGGAGCUUCAUCGAGAUCCUCGACGCCGAGCCCACGCUGCACGACCGCUACUACGCCCGCGGCGACGACGUCAUGCUCCCGGAGGUGCCGUACGACAGCUUCCGCGUCGGCUCGCAGUUCUUCGUGCUCACCAGGAGGCACGCCGUCAUGGUGGUCAGGGACAGGAGGCUCUGGAACAAGUUCAAGAUGCCCUGCCUCGUCAAGAGGAAGUACUCGUGCUACCCGGAGGAGCACUACUUCCCGACGCUGCUGGACAUGCAGGACCCCGGCGGAUCCACCAAGUUCACGCUCACCAGGGUCAACUGGACCGACUCCUCCGACGGACAUCCGCACACCUACCAGCCGGAGGAGGUGUCCGGGGAGCUCAUCAGGGAGCUCAGGAAAUCCAAUGGCACCUACUCGCACAUGUUUGCACGCAAAUUCGCGCCCGAGUGCCUUGGGCCGCUGAUGAAGAUUGCCGACUCUGUCAUCCUGCGUGACUAGCCUGGUUGUGACCGUUUGCAGAGCUGAAAGCACUGAGGGUUGUGAUGUGAUGAACAAGCGUAAGCUUAUCCAUCCAUUCCCUUUGGAAUUCUUCAGACAGGAGCAAUGAGCAUCAAGCCGAUUUUGCUUUGUUCCUGCAGUUGAUCUUUGGCAAAAGAUGGUGCCACGCCUCAAGAGAGUAUGAUGGUGCUGUUGGUGGCGAAAGGGCCCCAGCUGCCUCUUGUGAGUAUUUUUUUUUUGUGUGCGUCCUUGUUGUUUCUUUUCUUUCCCCAAUUUGAGCUUCUGGUGGCAGAAGAUGAGGGAGAAGUUGGCACGUAAUAGGUCGUAGUUAGUAUGAUCAUCCUGUGUAUUAGCAUGGAGAAUCUGUGGAUACAUGCAGUGAUGGUUUGUAGUGUCUGUUAUAUAUAUACAUAUGUCAAUAUCACGCCUUCUUAAAAUGUAUCAUUUGUGUCAUGGCACCA